AUGGGAGCAGGACCGUCACAGGAUGAGGCUUCACAGUCACAAGAGACAAGGGCAGAACCCAGCUAUCAGCCACAGUACAAGAAAGAAACAUCAAUGGAAGCAAAACCGAGUGAAACCAAGUUGAAGAAGGUGGAGAAACCGGCAGAAGUAAGGAACCAAGUGAGAGUACACGAGAAAGCAGCAGAUGCUAGGCUACUUAGUGAUGCCAAAGCGAAGAAGGUAGCAGAAGUAAAGUUACCACAUAACUGUGAAGCCAUAUUAAGAGAUGCAGACUUCCCAAUUGACAGAAGUACUGGGUUGAAAAGAAGUACAACAGCAAUUGCUUCAUGGUGUUUGCAAAGGAUCUAUCAAUCACUUGGGGGGAAGAUCCAAGUUACUGGCGCUGGCCUUCCAUAUAUGAAACAAGUUUCUAUGAGCGAUGUUUGGGUGGAUGUGGCAGAGCUAUUAAAUGUCUGCUGGCUGGAAAUAUAUGGGAGAUUCGACACAAAAAUGCUCUCCCCAGGUAUUUUGUAUGAAGUUGUGUUUGUGAUAAAGUUGAAAGACCCAGCUUAUGGAUGGGCAGCUCCAGUGACCGUUUCGCUAGUUCUCCCAAAUGGAUGCAAGCAAGAACGCAAAGAAAAGUUACAGACAAAGCUAAGGGAGCAAUGGAUAGAAAUCCCAGUUGGCGAGUUCAUAACGUCACCGGAAAAUGUUGGGGAGAUACAGAUCGGUAUGUAUGAAUAUGACGGUGGAGAAUGGAAAAGGGGCCUUGUUAUUAAAGGGAUUACCAUUCGACCAAAACUUAAGCUUGCACUAGAAUGA